CAGGGGCGCAGCGGCCGCUGCCCGUCGCCCGGGACUCCCCGCCCUCCCUCGCGACCCCGCGCCGGGGCGGGCGGCGCUUGCGGCGGGCAGGGGGCGGGCAGGGGAGAGGGGGCUCGUCCGGUGGUAGCCGCCUCCUCUGCAGCCUGCCGGCGCCUCGAAGCCCGGACCUGCCUCCGCCUCUUCCUCCAGCGGCUCCAUCCCGCCUCCCGCGCCUCGUCCUCCCGCCGCCCCCGCCGCCGCGCCCCCGGUGGCUGCCUCGGCGGACCGGGGAGGGGGCCCGCCGCGUCGGCCGCCCGCUCGGCUCGGCUCGGCCCGGCCCGGGAGGCGUGCAUGCCCCUGCUGCCCGCGGCGCUCACCAGCAGCAUGCUCUAUUUCCAGAUGGUGAUCAUGGCAGGGACGGUGAUGCUGGCGUACUACUUCGAGUAUACGGACACGUUCACCGUGAACGUGCAGGGCUUCUUCUGCCACGACAGCGCCUACCGCAAGCCCUACCCGGGCCCGGAGGACAGCAGCGCCGUGCCCCCCGUGCUCCUCUACUCGCUGGCCGCCGGGGUCCCAGUGCUCGUGAUAAUAGUUGGAGAAACUGCUGUCUUUUGCCUACAACUAGCCACAAGGGAUUUUGAAAACCAGGAAAAAACUAUUUUAACUGGAGACUGUUGCUACAUAAACCCGCUGGUGCGCCGAACUGUCCGAUUUCUUGGAAUUUAUACAUUUGGACUGUUUGCUACAGAUAUCUUUGUAAAUGCUGGACAAGUAGUCACAGGAAAUCUGGCCCCACAUUUCCUUGCCCUGUGUAAGCCCAAUUAUACAGCACUUGGAUGUCAGCAGUAUACACAAUUCAUCAGUGGGGAAGAGGCCUGUACUGGCAACCCAGAUCUCAUCAUGAGAGCCCGAAAAACCUUUCCAUCCAAAGAAGCAGCUCUCAGUGUCUAUGCAGCUAUGUAUCUGACCAUGUACAUUACCAACACAAUCAAAGCCAAGGGAACCAGACUUGCUAAGCCAGUUCUAUGCUUGGGCUUAAUGUGUUUGGCAUUUCUUACUGGACUCAACAGAGUAGCAGAAUAUCGAAAUCAUUGGUCAGAUGUUAUAGCAGGCUUUCUGGUUGGAAUAUCUAUAGCAGUAUUUCUGGUUGUGUGCGUGGUAAAUAAUUUCAAAGGAAGACAAGCAGAAAAUGAGCAUAUACACAUGGAUAAUCUGGCACAGAUGCCAAUGAUCAGCAUUCCUCGAGUAGAAAGUCCUUUGGAAAAGGUAACAUCUGUACAGAACCACAUCACUGCCUUCGCAGAAGUCACAUGAUACUGAAGCAGAUGGUUUUUCACUACAUUGGACAUCAUCCCUUUUUACCAUCCAUUCAUAACACCCAAAGUUUGUUUGAUUGCAAAGGAAGUUUAUAAAGUUGUUUAAUAAUUUUUAUAAUUUUAAAAUCAAUGUCAACCUGUUUCCCCCACUAGACUGUGAGCUCCUCGAGGGCAGGAUUGUCUUUUUUUUUUCUGUGUCCCCAGCACUUACAACAAAGCCUAGCACAAAGUAGGUGUUCAACAAAAAUGUGACGACCAAAUGAACAAAAUUCUUAAAUAAAACAUUCGCUUCAGUUUCUCACAGAAUCAUUGCAAUUAUGUUAAGAGAAAUCUCUACAUAAAUCGUAUUUGUGUAUGAAAACCUUCUAUUUUGGGCUAGUUACUUUUUUUAGUUUUCGUAUGUCUAUUCAGCAGUAUGCCAUAUUUAAUUUGAAGUGGACUUUGAAAGUCAUGGGGGUUUUUAUUUUGUUAUUCAGCAUGACAUUAUUUCCAUUCUAACAUUUCAGUGUGUGAAAUUACUUUUAGAAAGUAUGUCCUAUAGUAAAAUAAUGUUUCCACAUCAUGUUAUAUUUCACUUAAAAUACCAUUCAUACUAUACAUUCUAAGACUGGUGCUUCUGCUUUUGAAGGGGAAAAUGCCAAUUUUUACUGUAAUAAGUAAUGUAUCAUAAUUAAAAAUUAUUUAUU